ACAAACAAACCUGUCAAAACUUUUUGCUUUAAUCUUCUGGAAAAAAUGAAAUUAAAACAAAUGAAAGCGAUGUUGUUGUUCGUGUUAACCCUAGUCUCAAUAUUGGUUUGCAAAGCAUCAGAAGCUGGUCAAGAUCCAAGCCAUGUAUGUUCGAAAACCGACACAUCGCCGAUAGACAACAUACCGGGAUGUUUUGAUGCGGUGAGAUUAGCGGCGGAUGCAGAUACCAGAUGGCUCUCAAGUGACUGUUGCAAAGCUGUUAGAACUCUUCCUUAUUGCCUUUUGGUUAUCUUUCCUACCAAGUUAGCUGUAAAUACUAUUACCCUCAGAAACAUUUGUAUUAAAAAAUUCCCUGGAUGA